AUGGCUGAUGUAGGUGGCUGGAGCACCAUCGAGUCAGAUGAGGGUCUCUUCACCUCUCUGAUCGAGACACUCGGAGUAAAAAACACCCAGUUCGAAGAGCUCAUCUCCCUAGAUCCAGACACAAUACGGUCACUAGGCCCAGUCUACGGCGUAAUCUUCCUCUUCAAAUGGACACGCGAAGCAUCCGGCGCACGCGCCGAAGCCCCCAUCGACGGAACCUACGACCAAACCGCCACAGACAACAACCUUUUCUUCGCCAGCCAGACAAUCCAAAACGCCUGCGGAACACAAGCCAUCCUCUCCGUAAUCCUCAACCACGACAACCCACCCGCCUCGCAGCCAGCAAUUGAGCUGGGCGAAGAGCUGCGCUCCUUCAAAGAAUUCACGACGGGAUUCCCGCCUGAGCUUCGCGGCGAAGCGCUCUCGAACUCGGAAGCCAUCCGGAGCGCGCACAAUAGUUUUGCGCGGUCGAGUCCGUUUGCGGAUGAGACGGCCCGUCCGCAGGAUGAUGAGAAGGGCGCGGACGUUUACCACUUCAUUGCCUAUACGCCUGUCAAUGGUACGCUGUAUGAGCUUGAUGGGCUGCAGCCGUAUCCUAUUAGCCAUGGGGAGUGUGGGACUGGGGAGUUCCCUGAGAAGGUUAUUGAGGUUUUGCAGAGGCGGAUUGCGCGGUACCCGCCUGAGGAAACGCAUUUUAAUCUUAUGGCUGUUGUGAGGGAUCCGAGGGAGAGAGCGAGGGAUAUUGGGGAUGUGGAGACGCUUGAGAGGGAGGAGAGGGAAGAGGGCUGCGUGGCAGUGGGAGAAUACGCUCAGACGGUGUAA